GCGAGCGGCGGGAAUGGCGGGCGAGCUGAGCGCUGAGGCGGCGCGGGAGAUCCGCCAGCUGCAGAAAUCCAAGGAGAAGUCGCGGCGGGUCGGGAACGUGGCCGAGGAAGCGGCCGCCUGCAACCGCCUGGGAGAGAUCCUGGCGGCACACGGCCGGUUCCAGGAGGCGCUGGAGCAGCACCAUGAGGAGCUGCGGCUGCUGCGCGGCGCCGGCGACGCCCUGGGCUGCGCCGUGGCGCACCGCAAGGUGGGCGAGCGCCUGGCCGAGCUCCAGAGGUUCCCCGAGGCACUGGAGCACCAGGGGCAGCACCUGCGGCUGGCGCGGCGCCUGGGCGACGCCGUGGAGCAGCAGCGCGCCUGGGCCACCAUCGGCCGCACCUUCCUGCUCCUGGCCGAGGCCUCCCCCGGCCCCCAAAUCCCGGAACUGCCGGAAUUCCCGGAAUUCCCGGAAUCCCCAGAACUCCCAGAACUCCCGGGAACGCCGGAGGAAGCGCCGGGAACGCCGGAGGAUUCGGGAAUUGCGGGCGAUUCGGGCGCUGUGGUCGCGCUGCGCCGGGCGCUGGCGGCGUUCCGGAACAGCCUGAGCAUCGUGGAGACACAGCUGGAAGGCUGUGUCCCGGCCCAGGAGCUGCUGCAGAUGCGGAGCCGCCUCUUCCUCAACCUGGGGCUGGUGCAGGAAUCGCUCGGGAGCUGCGGGGAGAGCUCCCGGCUCCUGCGGCACAGCGCCGCCCUCGCCCUGCAGUGCCAGUCGCUGGAGGAUCUGGGUGCCGGGCCUCGGGCGGGCCCCCCCGGGCAGCCGUGCCCGCCCCCGGGAGCCUCUCCCCGCGCGGCGCGGGCACUCACGGGGCUCCAGCAGAUCAGCGAGUCGGUCUCGGGGUCCUCCACGAGCGUCCACAGCUUGGUGAGGAAGGCGGGCACGUUGCAGGGCCCGGGCCCCGCGCCCGCCGCCGCCGCCGCGCCCGGCCCGUCCAUGGCCGCGCCCUCACGGCGGGGGCGGCAAGGGCUCGGCGAGGCCCCGGGGGGCGGCCCCGGCGGCGGCGAGGCCCAACUGAGGCUCGUGGCUUUCCUGCAUGGAGACGCCCCCUCGCGCAGUGACCACGCCCACAGCAUAAUGCAGACGGGGAGGGGCGGGGCUUUGCCCCAGGUGGCCACACCCACUGGCUAUAGGGUGGGGUUUGACCACGGGAUCGCCCCCUGA